GAACAACAUUGAAGUUUUGGAAAACCACCCAGAGCCCGUAACAUUCUGAUUGCAAAUUUGACCGAAAAUCGAGCCCGGACCAUGAAGAAACAAGCCAGAAGCCUGAUCGUUGACCGGCUGCACCGGGGCUUCGUUUACACCUGCCUGGGGCUUACGAUGUACGGCAGCUACCUGAUCGGCCAGCGCGUUUAUCGCUACUUUAGCAUCAUCAAACCGGCCCGAGAGGCGGAGGAACGUCGGAUGCUGCAAGCCGGUGCUGGACCCGGACCGGCCGUCUCGCUAGACAAUGCCCCCACGCUGAAGUCGUAAGGAAGGAGGCCUACUACUGGUGCGGUGAUUGCUGCGUGUGUGUGCUUACGAUUAGAAUGAUUCCUCUGCUGUUCGUUAGAUUGUUAGGUUUUUGAGUAAAUAAAUUAUGUAACGUUAAGUUCCUGCGGGGCGAUUAAGGGUUUGGUUUUCUU